UCAACUUAAUAGAUUACAUGUUUACUAACCUUUUCUGUUUUUCAGCUAGAACAACGAAGAUCAACCAGUUUGUCUUCUAAGAAUCAGAAAACAUUCAGUGAAGAGGAGGUUAACCAGGCUCUUAAAAUGCAAGAGCUCCUAUAUCAAGAGAAACUCAUCAGAAAGGACAAAGAGUGGAAUGAACAGUUCAAAACUAUGGAGAAAAAGAAGCAAAUUUUGGAGAAACAACUUACAUAUUUGAAAGAUGUAUUAGCAGUGAACAGGGCAGUGACAUCAGAGUUAGUGAGGCUGGUGAACAGUUUUCUACACCAAAAGGAAAAUGAGCGUAUUGAAUUAGGAGAAUCAAAUCAAGAUUUGACGAAAGAAAGAGAUCAGGCUCUAGAAGACCUCCAGAGUGUGGAAAGUGCUUUUUCUGACCUUCACAGAAGAUACGAGAAAACAAAAGGCAUCAUGGAAGGCUACAAACAAAAUGAGGAAUGGACGAAACAGCAUCUCGGUGAAAUGCAAAUGAAACUGAAGAACCAGGAACAGAUGUACGAAGAACUCAGAAACCGCACAGAGGAAAAGUUGGAUAGUGCUAAUUUGGUGAUAGAAAAUACCAAGAGGGUCACUGAAGCAGAAAAAACAGCCUUAACAGUACAGCUUAAGAAAGCAGAGAUGAGAAUAAGCAGCCUUGAAAACAAUUUGGAACAUAAGACCUGUGAAAACACCAAGUUGUCAAAUAUCUGUGAUGAGCUUAUUGCCAAGGUUGGGAAGAUAUAAUCACCAGAAGUGACUAGCAAAAACUAUUGUUACUGGAAUUUCUUUCCACAGAUGGGCUUCCAUGAAAAUAAUAAUCUAACAUUCACUUGUAAUGACACUGACAAACUAAUAUAUAUAUAUAUAUAUAUAUAUAUAGAUUUUCAAUUGUUUUGGGUAACUUUAUACCUUGUUAUAUAAAUAUUUUUUCUUAAUGGAUAACUGGUUUAUUGUACAAUCAUUGUUGCCCAAUAAUGACUAAUGCUUUAGGAACUUGUAUAGAAUAUUUUGUUGCCUAUAUGAUUUCCUAAGUGUUAAACAUUUAUUAUUUGAUAGAUGGCUUAAUUAAUCAAUAUUAACUAUACCAAAAUGUGAAACAUUUUAGUUGUAUCUUAAAACGUUUGCCGUAGUGAAACGAUUAUGUAUUUCAAAAUGGUUGGUUUAGUACGGUCUAGAAUUUUGUCUGAACAUCUACAAAAACUCAACAAAAAAGGCAAAAUAUUUAUAUUUUGACUUAUGUGUAAUGAAGAAAGUGUCUUCACUGGCAUACUAGAAAAGAUCUGUUUUAAUGAA